AUGCUUCGCCAUCACCCUUGUAAACCGCUGUCGACAGACGUAACAGGCACGCAUCGAGUACAGGCAGCAGCCGACACUCCAAGUCGUGGACGAACACGGGCGACGCACUGGUACGUGCUUCUAGUUGCGCUCUGGUGUUUCCGCGUCGUGCUGUCGCUCGGUACGGGCAACCCAUAUGACGGACAUAAGCUUCGAGACGGUGCUGAGUGGGUCGCAUCGAGUCUCCUGGGUGUAAAAGGCUGGGUACCUGUCCAGUUUAGGCGACUUGGUACGGAGAAUAGCUUGGGGGCGUUCUCCGAUGUGCAAGCACCGGCUAUCGAGACCGGAAGUUUGCGGGUUGAAGGCGCGCUCCAGCUGCUAAACUUGGAACAAGGCGCACAAUUUGGCGCUCAGCAAGGAAGCGAAGUCGUUGGAGACACACUUUUCGAGCGUUCCGCGGAGAAACUCGCAGCGUGGAUGCUCUUUUGCUGGCCCUGGCUGUUGGCGACUUGUCUGCUGCGCCCGCUAUAUGCAGCUGCAGGUGCAGCACUCAGUCCGCGACUCUUGCACCAGCUACCGUCGGUAGCCUUCAUGCAACCGCUCAUCGCUUUGUUUGAAUGGGCCUUGUGGUCUUGUCUGGACAGCAUCCCCAAUGCAUCCUCGCUGCGCUGGUUGUAUAUCGGCACCAUUUGGUCUUGGCCCUCAGCAGUGCUCUUACUGCAACCCAGCAAGGAGGCCUUCGAGGUACUGGCGGUACUGUCCAUUUGUAUGUGGCACAACGUUAGCCGAAUAACUGGCAAGGCAUCGCAGUCAGCUGGGAACUCGUUUCGCAAGAGCGCGCAACUUCUGGAACGCCUCUGCCUCUUUUUCGCCAUUUAUGCUGCGUGCGUUUCUCCGUCGAGUAUGCUGUACACUCUCCCACUGUUUGCAGUCGCAUUUUCAGAUCAUCAGCAGACGGCUACGUCGGCUCGCGUGUAUCGACGGAGGCCUGCAACCCAGCGUAGCGGUUUCGUGCUGGGCUUUUUCAUCGUGCUCCGGACGCUUGCUGCACUUGCGGAUGUACUCGCGAACCGUAUAGACUGGCAGAUGCUUGCGGACAUUGCUAGCCACUGGACAGCUGUAUUGUCAGUGCAGACAUUCCGGAUGGGUAUGCUUGGUUUGUGGCGUUUCCAAUACCGCUACCGUUUGGACUUUGUAUGGAAUACACUGCCGUGGAUGCUUGGUCCACACGCCCUGUCCGUCGUGUACGGUUGCUUCGAGAUCGCCUUUGGGGAGCGUCGUAACCGCUGUAUGUUAUACCGCAGCUCCGAACAAAAGCGACCGCGGAGCUCGUUGCGUCGUUUUUCGAGACCUUCACCAAAGGGCGGCACUGACUGGAGACGACCCACAAACAUAGUGAUCACCAUGGCAGAACCGUGGCUAUGGGUAGCGCUUGUAGGCCUCGCUUGCUACAGUGUGCAGCUUGAACGAGAUUGGCCUCGGCUCGUAGCGCCCUGUCUGGGACUCGUGAUGUUCAGCUUACUUAACGCUCAACAUGCUGGCGCUGGAGCACUCCGAAGCUUUUUCUGCAUGAUUGUUGUAGUCCAUCAUGUUCUUGUGCUGCUGUUCAUGAUAUUUUGCCGCGAAGCUGGUCUCGCUCUGCUCCCUAUGUACCUUUUCAAGACGGGUCUGCAACCUGAGCACGUGAUCUACGUGCAUACGGAUAUGCCACCGCGGAUGCUGUUUACGGGACCUUUAGCCUCUGUGCAGGUACAUCAUCUGCGUGCCCCGUCACCGGCGUUUCUGCACUACUACACGGAGCUUGAAUUGGCAUCCUCCAUAGCGGUGCGUGCAUACGAGAACGCAACAACAUCUUUAACAACGGACGCCAAAAUGCGUACAAGCCAAGCGUCGGGUGACAUCGUAAUUGCUGUUCCCCGCGGGUAUCCCGUGCCAACGAAUUGGAGUCAGCUUUACCGCAAAAGUGAGCUGUUUCCGCACUGGAGCGCGCAUUUGUCCAUUCAGGGACGACGCGAUGAGGCACUACGCCCCUGGAUCCGUUCGAGGCUCGCCCUGGACGUGUACUGGAGGUCGACGCCCUAG